UCGAGCUCACUUAUAAUUUCAAGCACUGCGCCAUUUCGAAGAGCGCAGAACGCACCAGCCCGCCCUUCGCUGCGCAUAUAGCGACGUCCAUACCCAGCGGCUGGAGAGGAACGCUUGCAGGCAAGCAAAUUGCGCCAGCGAUGCGCUCAUCACACUAUCUGCUCAGCCUACCGCACGCUUCUCGCAUGGAGAGCGAAAAGCAUCUCAGCGUGCAGCUCACCACGUUGACAUCGAGCAGCACGCAUUCGGAGGGCCAGGCUGAUGCUGCUCCAUCUAGCAUGAGUGACCGUAAAAGGCGAAUGACGCUGCUCAUACACGUAUCUGCUGCAAGCUGGAACGCCAUCGAAGCUCUCAACUCUUCAUUGACGCCGCUAGUAGCACCCCCUCAGGCCACAGCUCCACACUCUGAGCGUCAGAGCUCAGCACCGGAGGAACAGAGUCAGGAAGAUCGACUGCAGGCCGCCUUUGACGCUUCGAUGGAGGGAGAUCUGGACGCCGCGCUCAGGACAGCUGCCCGGGGACCAAGUGGCCAAAAUCCAAUGUUGGAGGAAGUCGGUGGCGCCGGCGCAGAUACUGCUCGCGCUCUGAGCAAUAUCGGGAAUGUCUCUCUGGGCCAAGGGAGCAUGCAAUCGACCGGCGGAUCUCUCGCUGCUGAUUGGGCUCUCGCAAUGAGUCGCGGAAAGGGUUGCGAAGCCGUGGGUACCAGUCUAUAUAGCUCUGAGAUGGAUCUAGCUCUACCCAUUGCGAAGCGGUUGGGUACGUGUCCCUCUCGACGAAAGCCACGUGGCAAUAGAAGCGAGCCUUGUCCAGAGUGUUAGCAACAGACUCACCUCUUUCAUCAUCACCCUUCACCCUUGCGCGCCCUAAGCAUCCGUGCUGGACUUGCCUCAGGUCCUUCUCUCCGUCAGCCCCUGCGCUGUGCAAGCUGGUGGACUUGACUCUUCAGCUGCGACAAGCGCUCAUGAAGCGGGAACGGCUCACAUCGCUUUCCAACGAGGCUUGCUUGGACUGGCCAGGCAAGAGCUGGCCGAGCUCGAGUCCUGAAUAGC